UGGUGUACAAUCUGUAAGGACCCAUUCAGACCACGUUAAACGGUUGGAUGUUUACAGCUGCGCGUAAUUCUUGCCAAGAAUUUGGGUCUUCCUCCCUGAAAACGAUUGUCGGAUUGCAUUGAUUCGUUUCUCAACAGACGAAGAAUAACGCAUAGUAGUGAACAGGAAGCUUUCACUGGACAACCGAAAACCUCCUGCAAUGAGCUCCCUGAUCACUCAAUAAGUCUAAUCACUCCCCGUGUUCAGUUAGCUAACUAGCUUACACUGAGUUGAACAUUUUGGUUGUGUUCCAUAUAUUAACUAGUUAGCUAUGACAUCCUCCAUGAUAGUCCCUGUUAUUGAUGUGCAAAAUGAUAAUUUCAAAGAACUGUGGCCUGCUAUGGUCCUUGCAAUCAAGACAGCCUCCUUCAUUGCACUGGAUACAGAAUUGAGUGGGCUUGGAAGCAGAAAAGCUCUGCUGGCAGAAUGCAUAGAGGACCGUUACAAAGCCAUAUGCAAUGCAGCUCGCACACGCUCCAUUCUCUCCCUUGGGUUUGCUUGCUUUAAGAAACUUGAAAACAAGGAUGAUGAUACGUACCUUGUUCAGGUGUACAACUUGACGUUGCUCUGCAGUGAGGAGUAUGUAAUUGAACCACAAUCUGUGCAGUUCCUGGUGCAACAUGGAUUUGACUUCAACAAACAAUAUGCUGAGGGUGUCCCUUAUCUCAAGGGCAAUGACAAGGGAGGGGAUUCCAAUGGAAUAAACAUGCGGAUGCUGUUUGUGGAACUCCUGCGUGCUCGCAAGCCAUUGGUUCUACACAAUGGCUUAAUCGACAUGGUGUUCCUGUAUCAGUGCUUCUAUGCCCACCUGCCAGAUAAACUUGGCACUUUCACUGCUGACCUGUCCCAGAUGUUCCCAGCUGGGAUAUAUGACACAAAGUACGCCACAGAGUAUGAGCUGCGCUUUGCUGCCUCUUACCUGGAGUAUGCCUACAAGAAAUGUAAAUUGGACAACAUGAAGUCUCUUGAGGUUGGUGGUAAUGGGCACCAUCUGUUCCUGGAGUUCUGCAAAUACUCAGGCCACCUGUCCAGCUAUGUGGACUUCAGGCCCUGCCUGGCCGGGUCUAGCCUGGAGGGACCGCUGAAUGUCUGCCAGCGUUUCUCUGCUUACGGUUGGUGCCCCAAUGGGUCACAGUGUCCCUUGUCACAUGACACUGACCUCAUCAUCCAGCACGAUGAAAAAAACCAGGUGGAAAAGAAAAAGAAACGGAAGAGGAAAAGAAAAAACUCUUCUCAGGGAAACGUGGACAUUGAAGGUGCCUCUGAGAAUAAGCAGGUCCAUAUGGAGCUGAAGGAUGGAGAGCAGGGCCCGGACCAGUUGAUCCCUGACAGCAAACCUCCCCCCGCCACAGAGCAGGUAGAUGGGACUCCGGUACAGGGGUCAGAGAGCGGUGAGAAAAUGGUAACCGAGAAGGUAGAGGAAGGCAACGGAGUCGCAGAGCCACAGGCUGUGUCUGCAGAUCAAGAAAUUAAGACUGACAAAGAAAAGGUGGAAGGCAACGGAGUCGCAGAGCAAGAAAUUAAGACUGACAAAGAAAAGGUGGAAGGCAACGGAGUCGCAGAGCAAGAAAUUAAGACUGACAAAGAAAAGGUGGAAGGCAAUGAUGUGUCAGAGCCUCUGGCCACAUCUGAUGCAGCGAAGAAAGAAAAGUCCAAGAGGAAGAAGCUGGAAGGAGGUUCCCACCGGGCAGGGUUCGAUGCAUUCAUGACCGGCUACAUCUUCUCCUAUGCCGCCACUCUGACAGAGAGAGUGGGUGAGCCACCGUGUUCAGAGUCCUGGCUCCCUGAGUGCCUGAACAAAGUUUACCUCAGUGGCAAAUCUGUCCCGAUGCAUAUUGUCAAGAGCACCUUCUCCAAGUCCUCCAAGGCUCACAUGCACAAGAUGGACAUUGUGUGGGGAAAAAGCUUUUCUAGCAGUGUGGCAAGCAAAGCAGAGGGAACUGUAUAAACAUUCAAUGGAACCAAAUGUAUUCUUCGUUUAUAAAGCCUUUUUAGUUAGACAUGCUGUUGCACAUCUUAAAUGUUUGAUACAGUAUGUUUCAAUAAAAAGGCUUUUCCUUGGUUAUGACAAACAUGGUAAUUUGUGUCUUAAACAACUUGAUGUGAGGUUUGACAGGAAAAGUGAGCCGAUUUCACAUUAGUCCCCAUCAGCCUGUAGUGAACUCGGUAUGACUGUUCAUAGGAUCACACUGAAAUAAGCAUAAGAAGCUAAAGUUAGCCAUUUAUUUUAAAAAACGAUUCCGGACACAUGUUCUUUAUCAACGUAAAAAACAAUUGAAUUGUAAGCUCUUCAGCUUUGCCUGACAGAUCCCGUUACAUGUUCAUACAUCAGCCAAGACUGAGGAACCAACAAAGGAUAACAUCACACCAUGGCAUCCACACACACCUCAAAUAGUAAGACCUAAAAAGGAAUAUUGAUUUUUACAUCAAAAUAGAUAAAAUUAUCCUGAUGCAGUUUACAUUUAUUGCAUAGAAAUUGUGAUAAAGUUCAAAUGUUUUCCUUUCAAGUGCAAUUUCCUAUUAAAGUGGUUAGACAGGAAUAUUUCAGUAGACCAAAACAUGUGCCAAGA